GUCACCACCUCUACCCACAAUGCCUGUGUUCUAUUCGCCUGUACCGGAGAACCUGCAGAUGGGCCUGGCCUAUAUGGGAGGCUCUGUGUUCACAAACAACAGGACAGCAGACAGUGACUUCACCAGGGAGCAGGAGGAUGCAUCUGUGGUCAAUGAGCUGGUGUCUCAUCUCCCCCUUCAGAUGCUUCUGUACUUCAACAUGUUUUACUUUCCAUGCUGGUGGUUUUCUGCUGUGUUCAUGUUGGAAGUAAAGUACUACUAUCUUCCUGGGUAUUACCAGGCCCUGCUCAUAACUGGGAUGGUUCUGGUCACGGUCAUUGAAGUGAUCCGGCUUUAUCUUGGUUACAUUGGCAACCUUAAAGAAAAGGUGCCAGAGCUGGCAGCCUUCUGGCUCCUGUCUUUCAUGUUCCAGCUGCCAGUGCUGCUGUUCUUCGUGACCGAUGAAGGAAUUAUCAUCCUGCCUCUGGAAAGAGCCGUCCACUCCCUCUACCUCAUCUUCCUGCUCUCGCAGAUACUGGCAUCUUUCUUGGCACUCAGGACCAUGACCCGAAAGCUAACCCUUCUCUUCCAUCUGCGUCAGUUUGGCAAGGUGGAGAGCCUGCACCACACGGGGAUGAGCCCCAUCUAUGGGAUCCCCUACCACCGCAGUGUGCUGCCCAUUUCAUCCACCCAUGAUAUGUACCAUUAGAACAGAAAU